AUUGGCCUUUCUUAUAUUUAAUAAUUAUUUCAAGUAGUGUUUAUGUAAUUUUUAUGGGAAUAGGACUUUCAAUAGAAGCCUCUCUUGGAUGGAUUACGAUCAUUUUUAUGGCCUUAAUAAUUAACAUAGCCGUUAUGGAAAAUCUUUACAUUGGUUUGAUGGAUUUUUUCAAUUUAAUUCAAAAGUCGAAAACAAUCUACAAUUACGAGAACAUCGUUAAGGAAAGUCAAAAGCAAAAGAUUUACUUAAGCAAAAUAAUUCCUAAUCCUAACUCGUUAAGGCCAUAUUUAACACAUUUAUAUACUCCCAUGGAUAAAAUUCGUUACAAAAGGAAACGUGCUGAAAUAACACAUCGACUUAAAAUUUCAAAAACCUUUCAAGAAUUCGCAGUUUUUAUCCUUUAUUUUACGCUUUUGUACGCAUUGGUUGCUUUAAAUCUUGAUGUUCAUCGAACUAUUCUUUCUGAACAUAUGAAAGAAAUGAUGGAUGGUCAAUUAGAUGGAUUGAAAUUAGAGGAUGUUCGAAAUAUUGAUCAACUUGUGAAAUAUUUAAAUGAAACAUUUGUACUUACCCUAAAUACUUUUACAUGGUACGGAGAUUAUCGUGCAAAUGAUCCUGGAUUAAUGUUAGACUUUCAAACUAAAUUCUUAGGAGUAGCCCGACUUCGACAAAAGAAAGUUGUGGCGCGAAAAUGUCCUGACGAAUAUUUAUCUGCGGAAGUGUUCAAAAUCACAAAGUGUAUUCCUCCAUAUGCGCCUAGACAUGAGGAUAAAACAAGUAAACAGGAAGUAGAUUCAUUAUGGAAAUAUUAUUCGCCUAAUGAAGCUGGAUUAACCGCUUAUUUUGGUAGAUAUUCUACGUAUUACGGUGGCGGUUAUAUAACGAAUGCAGGGAGAACACUUCAAAAUGCUUAUUAUAACCUAAACGAAAUUGCGGAGGAAAAUUGGAUCAACAGAUUUACCAGGGUGGUUUUUAUAGAAUUUUGGGCAUAUAACGCCAAUACGAAUCUUUUUUCAAUUAUUACGAUUUGUUUUGAAUUUCAUCCAACGGGAUGCGUUGCAAAAAGUUAUAUGAUCUACAGUUUAUCAUUAAUGUUCGUCGAUAUACAUGGUCAAUUAAUUGUGAUUUCAAUGUUUUUGUUGUACUGUAUAUUGGUUUUCUUUCAAUUCGCAAAUAUAGUUUCGAAAAUUAUUUAUGAUGGUUGGGAAUUUUGGAAACAUGGUAUUAAUUAUUUGGAUAUGAUUAUUUUAUUUGGAAAUUUUUCUGUAAUUGGUUUGCACGUCCAUAAACAGACUGUUGUUAAUAAAAUCUUAGAUGACUUAUCGCGUAAUAAAAAUAACGUAUUUACAAAAUACUUUUUAGUCGAAUAUUACAUUGAAGCUAUUACGAUUUUUAUUGCUGUUUUAAUGUGUAUAUCUGUUUUGGGUACUUGGAGGUUUUUACGAUUUGGAUUUAUGUUUAAAGUUUUUGAAAAGGCCAUUAAAACUCAAACGGGGCCUUUAAUUAGUGCUUUUAUUUAUAGUUUUGCAAUGUAUGUUCCUUACAUAAUAAUAUCACGGAUUUUAUUUGGUUCUUAUACCGAAAUGUUUAAGAAUAUCUACAGUUCAAUAAUAGUGGUGUCUUUGCUGGGUGUUGAUCAAUAUCCUGAAUACGAUUUCGAUGAAAUUCAAACCAUUUUACCGAUGGCCAGUAUGAUUUUUUAUGCAUCUUACAGAAUAUGGCAACAAGUUGUUGUAAAUCUUUACAUAGCAAUAAUCACUUUACAUUACGAAGAUUCCCGCGAUUUCGUUGCUAACCAACGAAAAGAAUUCUCAAUUCUCACUUAUUUCAUUGAAGAACUGAAAUAUUUCUGCCGAUUCUUUAACAGAAAGAAGAAAUAUCUAAGAGGAGGCACCGAAAAUGUUGAAAAUAUCGAUAAAGUUAUUAAUGACACCCCUAAAGUGACUAAAAUUUAUGACGACGAAGAACAAGCAUCCGGAAUCCAUUACCAAACAUCCAACAAACUCCAAUUAAUAGCCCUCGUGUUUUUUGCAACUUUGUAUAAUCGGGAGUUAAGACAAGACGAAACAGUUUUCACAGAAAGCGAUUACGAUCUUAUGUUCGCCAUCGCUUGGUAUUAUAAGCACCAACAUGAUGGUGAAAAAUUAACUUAUUACCAUAUGAAACCGGAACAUGAAAAACAACAUCAUUUCAUGUCUAAAGAAGAAGUUGAAACCAUGGAGAUGAUUACAAAUCAAUUAUUUGAACCUGAGCCUGAAAUAACUAAAAAAAAAAUUAAAGGACCUAAACCAAUUUCAGAUCGAAUUAGUUUAAAAAGACUAAAUCUUUUCACUCGAUCACUUUCAAGCGUUGACACUGUCAUGAACAGGAUUAAUGUAGUUAAAAAACCACGGCAUAAAUGAACAAUCCUAAAAGUUGUGUAAU